AUGCCUGGAAAGCUAGCUGAAGUCAUGUGGCCAGCAUUAGUUGCUAGUAAGAUACUCAACAAGAGACUCGGAAGCAGCAAUUUUGUAGCAGAUUAUCCAAGUAAUACAGAACCCUUACUGGGUAUUACAAGUGAUGAUCACUCAUCUCUCAGCGUCAAAACAAUUCUUAAUGAUCACGAGGAUACACAAAAGUGCAAGGUUUUUAUCAGCACGUGGAACGUGGGUGGGAUUGCCCCAGAUGAAGGACUGAAUAUGGAAGAUUUGUUGGAGACAUGCAACAAGUCCUACGACAUAUAUGUACUUGGAUUUCAAGAAAUCGUGCCUCUAAAAGCAUCGAAUGUGUUGGGGUCAGAAAAUAGUAAGAUUUGCAGCAAGUGGAACACCAAAAUCAGAGAAGCUCUGAACAAGAGGGAACACCAAAGUUGCAAUUGCGAAGAUCAACAAGAUAGUAAAAAUAUUGGGUGCAAUAAGGAAGGAUAUAAUCCAGCUCAGCAGUGUGAAGCCCCACAAAAUUUUCAGUGUAUCAUUAGCAAGCAAAUGGUUGGUAUAUUGAUAUCUGUAUGGGCAAAGAGUGACCUUCGUCCAUUCAUUCGGCAUCCAAGUGUCUCAUGUGUCGGGUGUGGCAUCAUGGGUUGCUUAGGGAACAAGGGUUCUGUAUCUGUGAGAUUUGUGUUGCAUGAAACAAGCUUUUGCUUUGUGUGCAGCCACCUUGCAUCUGGGGGUAGAGAGGGCGAUGAAAAGCAUAGGAACUCUAACGUUGCUGAAAUAUUUUCUAGGACAAGCUUUCCUAGAGGCCCUAUGCUUGAUUUGCCAGAAAAGAUUCUUGAUCAUGACCACGUAGUACUUCUUGGAGAUUUAAAUUACAGAAUUUCUCUACCCGAAGAAACAACCCGGUCACUUGUUGAAAAUAGAGACUGGGAUUCCCUACUAGAAAAUGACCAGCUAAUGAUGGAGCGAAUGAGUGGGAACAUGUUGAGGGGAUGGCAUGAAGGAGCAAUCAAAUUCGCCCCAACCUACAAGUAUUGUCCGAAUUCAGAUAUGUACUAUGGCUGUUGUUAUCAUGGCAAAAAUGCAGCCAAGAGACGACGAGCACCGGCAUGGUGUGACAGAAUCAUAUGGUUCGGCAACGGUUUGAAGCAAAUUCAGUACGCAAGAAGUGAAUCAAAACUAUCGGAUCACAGGCCUGUGAAGGCAUUGUUUAUAGCCGAAGUGAGGGUUUCAAGAGCACUCAAAAACUUCCAAAGCUUGUUUCUAUCAGAGAGAUUUCAACAAAUUAAAAAUCACUUUGAAGUUACUCCUGCUGAUGAGUUUGUAUUCAAAAAACAACCAAGUUUCCGGUGGUAA